ACCCACGUGUCCACCCCAACCAAAAAUAGGGGGCAAAUAGAUAUGGUGGCGGUGACAUCACCGACCUCCUCGCUCUCACCAUUUUUCCGACAAACCCGAAGCAAUAGAACAUCGAUCAGAUCAUCCUCAGUAGCAUCCUCACCCAUGGAAGAGCAGCAGUCGCACCCGAGGCGUGUAGUUGUCUGCGGAGGGGGCGUUAUAGGAGUCUGCACGGCUUACUUCUUGGCCAAGAAGGGCGCGACCGUCACACUCGUCGAGAAGUCAUCCGUAGCCUGCGCGGCCUCCGGGAAAGCCGGCGGGUUCCUCGCGCUCGACUGGUGCGACGGUCAGCCCCUCUCGGCUCUAGCCCGGGCCAGCUUCGACCUCCACCGUUCGCUCGCGCAGGAGCUAGACGGGCCCCAAUCCUACGGCUACAGAGCCCUCACCACUCUCGGCCUUUCCGUCACCGAGUCCCCAAACCCUCUUCCCUCUGGUUCCUCCAAUAAUGUCCCGGAUUGGGUCGACGGGCUGGUUCGGAAACCCAGGACCAUCGGAACCCCAGCUACCACGGCCCAAGUUCAUCCCCAGCAGUUCGUUCGAGCGCUGAUUUCCAAAGCCGUCGAGAAUUACGGUGUGGAGGUGGUAAUUGGGAAAUUGGAGCGCGUGGAGGUGGUGGGAGGACGAGUCGGAUCGGUGGUGCUCGAAGGGGGCCGAGUUAUUGACUCGGACGCAGUGGUUUUGGCGCUUGGGCCUUGGUCUUGUAAAUUGGAACUCUUAUCGUCGCUGUUCAGAGUGUACGGUCUCAAAGCUCACAGUAUCGUUUUGGAGCCCAAAGAGCCUGACGCAAUAACCCCACACGCGCUUUUUCUCAGUUACUAUCCGUCUCAGGGAGGAAAGCCCUUGGACCCAGAAGUGUACCCUCGUCCUACAGGGGAGGUGUACGUGUGUGGAAUGUCGGCGGAGGCAGAGGUGCCAGAUGAUCCGGAGCAGAUUGUGGGCAAUCCGGAGUCGAUACAGGUGCUUAAGAGGGUGGCAGGGACUGUGUCCAGCCAUUUGCGGGAAGGAGAGGCGGAGGUGAAGGCAGAGCAAGCAUGUUUCUUGCCUUGUACCGAUGAUGGUGUGCCUGUGAUAGGGGAGCUUCCUGGGAUUGCAGGGUGCUAUGUGGCAACUGGGCAUAAUUGCUGGGGGAUUUUGAAUGGUCCGGCCACUGGGGCUGCCAUGGCUGAGCUUGUGUUGGAUGGGCGUGCUACCAUUGUUGAUCUAACUCGGUUUAGUCCCGCUAGAUUUGUUGGGCGUAGGAAAGGUUUGAUCUAAAUUUUUUUGGUAAUUUUGUGAUCGUUUGGUGCUAAAUAAAGCCUUCAAUUUUGUUCUGUCAAA